AUGUUGGGAAUCCCCGGAGUCAGCUUGCAAUUGUUGGUAACAUAUACGAAGGAGCUAGGGCCUGGUACUACUCUACUGCAGGCUGCACUGGAGUUACCUUUAGCUUCCAAGAUACCUGAUUACAGGUUGAAUUUGUCGGGGCUAUGGGAAAUUAGGAGGAUGUACUCAUCCAGAAGAGGAUCCCGGGUAUCUCGUCUGAAGGGAAUCAAUGAGUUCUUAUCUUAUGAAGGUGAGGCUGAAGAAGGAGCAGGGGAUCUGGAACCAGAGAGUGCUCCAGUAGCAAGCCCUAAGGCUGCUGAAACUCCAAGAACAAAAGCAGCUGGAAAGAGGGCUCUUACCGAAGAAGAAGCAGUUCAGUACGAGAAACGUACUCGUAGGAAACUAUUAGUAGACCCUCCUUCUCAGAAACUAAUGGCGGAUGCUUUCAAAUCUGCUGGGAGAGAGGGGGAGCAAGAAUCUGCUGACGCUAAUCAACCCCUCCACACAAGACUUCACUCUAAGGGUCCCGCUUUUUCUAGUGACUUUUCCUCUUAUCAUCCUUUGGAAGAAGAGGGCGGGAACGAGUCGUUGAUUGUGGAUGUAGAGUCUUCUCCCGCUACGGAACCUAUCAUUUCACCAUUUCCAGAUCAGGCUUCAGAUGCUACUCUGGAGACGUCACUUGCAGUGUCUCCUGUUAGAGAGACUAGGCCUCCUGCAGAUGAAAUUCAAUCUCCCGCUGCUUCUGUGUUACUGCCAUGGAUGGAGGCUGCUAUUCCUAGCCCAACGACUGGCAUUAUGACUAAAGAGGAUGCCACUACAAGUUCUCCUGGAUUAUCAACAGCGAAUGAUGAGGAACCGUUAGACUACGGGACUUCUUCCCCUAACGAUGGUGCUGGUGAGGAGGGAGGUGAUGGUAAUGAAGAGGAAGAUGAAAGUGAUGAGGAUUCCACCGGUUGGGCUGAUCCGCCACCGCCUUCUUCUGACAAAGCGUCUGCUUAUGUUCCUUCUUCCCCUCUUGGUUCUCCGACCCACGAGACCGUUGAUAAGACUUUAUCUCCUGAACAGCAAGCAGCUGCUGCUUCUCUUUCUGAACCAACACCGGUAACGACUGCUUCUUUGCAAGAAGAAUCCCCUACGCUAAUGAUUCCUCUUAAGUCUACGGGGACAGAGAGUGCGUUGAGUUCAGCCCAAGCAGGGACACUCAUGGUUCUUCCUUCCAGUCCUUCACAACUGGAUAUUUCUAAGGCUUCCCCGGCUUCUUCUCGGUCGUCACUCACCGUCUUUGCACCAGGGUCUAUGAUUCUGAGCUCCUCAACAACAUCUCCUAUGAAGUCUUUAAGCCCAGUGGUUAUCCCUUCCGUGCUUAAGAUUCUUGUGUGA